AUGUCUGUCGACAACGAAAUCAAGGGGCGGCUGGCUCUCAUUACUGGCGCUUCUGGAGGGAUCGGCGCAGGCUGCGCACGCGACCUGUAUCGACAUGGGGUCCAUUUGGCCUUGACAUAUUCGAAAGGCAAGGCCAACAUCGAUAAACUGGUCGCCGAACUUCAAAAAGAGCCAUCGAGCCAAAAGGUCACAAUCCAUCAGGUCGACAUGGGUUCCCAGGAACAAAUUGAACAGUUAUAUAAAGACAUCAAUGAACAACAUGGCCAUGGGCCAGAUAUCUUGGUUGCCAACGCAGGUUAUGGAGUUAGAAUACCACAUAUCGUGGAUAUCUCGAUUGAAGAGUGGGACCACACUCUCUUGGUUAAUUUGAGAGCGCCAUUCAUCAUGGCCAAACUGGCGGUGCCACACAUGAUGGAACAAAAAUGGGGGCGCAUUAUCAUGAUGUCGAGCAUAGCUGGAUACGGCGGUGGCAUCAAUGGAUGUCAUUAUGCCGCGUCUAAAGCAGGGCUGAUUGGUAUGGUCAAAAAUCUCGCGAAUAAAUUGGGCAAAGACGGCAUCACAGUUAAUGAUGUCGCACCAGCUAUGAUCGGAGAAACAGGCAUGAUUCCAGAUGCCAAAUUUCUCGAGGGAACACCAGGUGAUGUGAAGAAUAUUCCUGUGGGACGCCUGGGAACACCACAGGAAUGUGCCAACGUGGUCACCAUGAUCUGCAAAACCGGCUAUCUCACAGGACAGAGCAUUCUUCUCACUGGUGGCUUGAAAUAG